AUGACGCGAGAGGCAAAUGAGGUAAUUUAUAGUGUGAUGUGUGUCUUAAAUCUUCAAAAAUCCGCUUAUUUUUUCAGGGACGCCAACGGCCCAGUGUUCCGUUAUCACUCUCGGCCGGCGCCAUCGCCGGAGCCCUCGCCAAAACGACGAUCGCGCCGUUGGACCGCACGAAAAUCUAUUUUCAAGGUGAAAAUUGCGGCUUUUUGAGAUAAAACGCCUCAAAAUUCGUUUAAAUUGACCAGAAAUCGCAAAAAUCAAUCAAUUUUCAGUGUCGAGUACACGUGGCUACUCGCUGCGUUCGGCGCUCAAAUUCAUCAAAUUAACGUACCGCGAGAAUGGAUUUCUGGCGUUGUACCGCGGAAAUUCGGCCACGAUGGCACGUGUCGUCCCGUACGCCUCCAUGCAAUUCGCCGCCUUCGAGCAGUACAAAAAACUGCUCAAAGUCGACGAAAAUGGGUUUGUUUUUGGACGUUAG